GAUACUGGGCGGUAUGUGUUUCCCAUAGUAUCGAGCAUGUGGCUAUCAAGUAUCAACAGACUUUUAUCUGACAGGAGAGGAUACUAAUGGGUGUCCAAUAGCCAGGCCACGUGAUGGACCAUCAGCACAAUAUAAGAUUCUCUUGACCUUUGACCCUGGACCUCCACAAUGGGGGACACUAAUUUAAGUAACCUGACUGCCAGCUUGGAGGAACUGUCCCUCAAGAAACAGCUCCCUUUGCGGCAGACCACACAGAAACCAGUGCUGAAGUACAAUCAACAAGUGACCAGACCAAACCAGUUCUACAACCAACAGAAGGUGAUAGCCAUAGGGCCUGAUGGAAACAGUGCCUAUAGCAACCUCAACCAAGCAGCCUUGACCUCUCCUAUGGUCCCAACUCCCUUUAGAGUCAGCCGCCAUCCUAAUCCUGCUCCUGUCCCCUUCAACAAAACCGGGGGACAAAAUUAUAUAUCCCCAAACAAUGUAGGUAAACCGCCCAUUUCCCAGGCUGCCAAACAACAUGCCAAUCCUUACAACCGCCCGCUCAGUGCCAAAGACAUUGUGUCAGACCUGCUGAACCAGAAUCAUCAGAAAAUGGUGAAAACUUUUGGAUCCACCCCUAGUUCGGGAGUUCCCUCCUCCUCUUCUAUGCUGGGGAGUGCUAGUAGUGCUUCAAGUAGCAGCAGUGGGGGCUCAGCAUUUCCUGUUAACUCUUUCAUGAGGCCUCAGAGUGCUGUUAGAAAAGAGACUAAGGUGGUCCAAAAAGAUAUCAUUCCUCCUAAGGAGAUAGGUGCACUUCAAAGAGAGGCUCAUAUUGUUCAAAGAGAGGCUCAUAUUGUUCAAAGAGAGGCUUUUAAAGAGAGUUCAAGUUCCAGCAAUUCAACAAAAGAUCAAAAUGUUAAAAUGAAUAUUACUGAUGGUGUGAAGAAAGCUGUGAAACAAAAUACAGAUGAAAAAGACAGUGAAAUUGCAAGGCCCAAGUCUGCAGUAAUGAGUCAAAAGACAGUAACACAACAAGGGGACCAAGUCAUCACACGACAAGGCAUGAAUGGUGUCACUGUUAUACAGAAAGUGGCUGCCCCACCAAACUUUGGAACUCAGAUCAACACCAUUAUUUCAAAAGUCACAGAGUCGUCCAAAGUAGAACCUCCACAAACCAGUUCAGUUUCCAAAACCACUACACUGAAACAUUCCUCCUCAACCUCGUCCCUUCCAAGACCAGGAAUGUCUGGUAACAACAACACCACCAAAGAAUCCCCCAGCAAAAUACGCAAUCUGAACUACACGCCCACCAAGCCAUAUGAGGAAGUCAAAGAUCCCAAUCCCACUUCCAAAACCAUCAAGGAAGAGGAAAAGAAGUCUAAGCAGCAACCAGCAACAUUGGAAACUCCAAUCUCUGAAAAGAAACCACCCAAACAAGAGACUUGGGCCCAUCAAUUGAAGCAGCCUGUAUCCUCUACUGCACCCAGCCAGGGCCGUGAUGGCACAUCAUAUUACCGUAAAGGAUCAAAAUCGGAGGUUAUGGUACACGAACAGAGACCUCCUGUUUUGGGAGCUCCAGCAAGAAACCAGAAAAUUCUGGACAAAGUUGAUGUGGAAGAUGAUGGUGAAGAAGAUGAAGAAGAGGAGGAGGGAUCCACGCCAGGGGAAAGACAGCCUGGUGAUGGGGAGGCUUCAUUGGACGGUGAUGUAGAUGAUGACGACGACGACGAUGGAAUCGAUAACCUGGACGAUGAUUGUGUUGAAGGAUCAGACGGUGAGUCUGAUGGCUACUCCAUUACCAGUAGUCUGUCUCGUCGAUCUUCCUCGUCUCGUUCACGUGCCAAGUCGGCCAGUACUACACGACCUGUUGUAGCAGCUCGACCAAUCAGUACACCCAGUGAUGAUGAAAUACGUCCCCGAACAGUACGACCGGCCACUGCCGUCCCUGCCAAACCAACCAUUCGCCCUCCUCUCACACAGAGUCUGUUUCCAAACAUUCCUCCUACCAUUAGCUUUGAGACCGAGGGAUUCAAAGUGGAACAACUGCCAUGGGAUUUACGCAAACUCUUAAAAUGGAGGAUGAGUCCCAUUACCCCAAACAUUGUAAAACACACAUUGGCUAGGUCACACUUCAGGAUCACUAAACGAAACCAUGAUUGGUUAGGCUGCUGGGGUAAACACAUGAAAUCUCAGGGAUUUAAGUCAGUCAGGGAAUAUCAAAAGCUCAAUCAUUUUCCUGGUUCAUUCCAAAUUGGCCGUAAGGAUCGCCUCUGGAGGAACCUGUCCAAGCUUCAGGUGCAGAACGGCAAGAAGGAAUUUGGAUUUUUUCCCCAGACGUUUAUCUUACCAUCGGACAUGAAACUGCUAAAGCGAGCCUGGGAAGAUGGCGGGACAAAACAAAAGUGGAUUGUUAAGCCGCCUGCUUCUGCACGAGGAAUAGGAAUAAAGGUCAUAAACAAAUGGACACAGAUACCAAGGAAACGGCCAGUAAUUGUCCAGAAAUAUCUAGGUCGCCCGUACCUCAUCAACGACAGCAAGUUUGACAUGCGUAUUUAUGUAUAUGUUAGCAGCUAUGACCCUCUCAGGAUUUAUAUAUUUGAGGAUGGACUUGCAAGAUUUGCAUCCAUGAAGUAUUCCACUGCUAUGAAGAAUGUGAAUAACAAAUUCAUGCACCUAACAAACUACAGUGUCAACAAGAAGAAUGCGGAGUAUCAGUCCAAUGGGGAUGAAGCAUUGUGUCAAGGUCAUAAAUGGGGCUUGAAGGCUUUGUGGAAUUAUAUGAAGAGACAGGGAAUAAAUACAGCUCAAGUCUGGGAAAACAUUAAAGAUCUGGUCAUAAAAACCAUUAUUUGUGCUGAAUCCCCCAUCAAUAGCAUGAUUAAGUCUAACUGCCGCAGCAGGUAUUGUGUCCAUGAGUUGUUUGGGUUCGAUGUCCUACUGGAUGAGAAUCUGAAGCCAUGGAUUUUAGAGGUCAACAUAUCACCAAGUUUACAUUCCAACUCUCAGCUGGACAUAAACAUCAAGGGACAGAUGAUUCGUGACCUGAUGAAUAUAGCUGGAUUCCGAAUUCCCGACAAAGCCGAUGUUCUCCAUAGCAAUUCGGUCGCACCCAGUGCUACAGAAUUCAGUUCAUACAUACCCCCCAAUGAUAUGUGUAUGGAUAAGAGGUUGUUCACCAGUAUACUCGCCCCAGAUGAGCGUGCCAAACAUGCCUAUUACUGCCAGCGACACCAAGAUGAGCAAACUUUGCAGACCAUCUUGGACAUCUUGACUCCUGACGACGUCCGGAUUCUGACAGAGUGUAUAGAUGAGGACAGUCGGAAGGGCUGUUUCCAGCGUGUGUUCCCCACCCCCUCCUCCCACAAAUACCUACGCUACAUGGAGGCCCCUCGGUACUACAACUUACUAGUCAGUCAGUGGGUCCAACGAUUUAACAGAAUGGAACAAAAAGGAAUAGCAGUUUUGGAAGGAUUUUGUGAGGAAGGAAUUCAUCUGCAGAAUCCGACAGAAGACCCAAGUCACCAGUGGUGCCCUCCUAAUGGUCUAUUGAGUCAUCGGGGUGACACUAGGACACACAGCGCCCCCAAUAAACAUCACGUGGAGAAGGAGAGCACGCUAAAACAUAGUCAAUCAACGUCAGGUCUGCCUAAAAUGGCCAAAAAACCUCCCAAGGCACCAAGUCACGGUAAUUCUGGAACCACCACGCGCACAAUUUCACAGUGUAGCUCCGCCUCCUCGUCAGUUACCUCCCUUACCUCACCCACACCAACACAAACUGUCAAUAAAGCUGCCGCCCCCUCCAGAUGACUGGCGGUCCGCUUACCUCCCCUGAAAGAACUCUUCAAUGGAAGUAUGCCCAUGUUUAACUCCACGAGAUACCAAAGACAUGUACUGAAACCAUUAGUUCGACACAGUGCCGAUGCCAGUUUGGAUGCAGUUCGGAAAGCUCAGCUGAAUCGAAAGAAAAAACGAAUUCAACUGAGAACAUCUGAAAAAUUUUUCUAGUCUGGACCA